CACGCGGAUUUUGUAAACACUCUGAGCUCUCAUUGACUGAUGUAACUGCCAUUGGAUUGUUUCAAGGGAGAAUUUGAUAGUUUAAAAGUUUUAUCCAGCGUCUUUUUAAGCGUCUGCUUGGCCUCAAUGGACGCUUGUAAAGUAAGGUUUUUGUUUCCGGAGUGCACCUGUCUCUCCUCGGGUCUGUUGUAAGUAAUGCCGCCUCUUCGGCUGCUGUCUGUGGAUCCCUCAGACCGGGGCUCUCAGAGAUGCAGACUGGGCCCUGGUUUGAUGUCCACGCUGGGUCUAAGACUCGGUUCCCCUCUGUUAGUGUCUCUGCCCGGAGGAAGCUGCCUGUGCACCGCAUGGCCCCGUCCAGACUUGGCGGAGGGUUUCAUUCAGAUGGACCUGAAAUGUUUCUCUCCCGGUCUGACCUCUGGGCUCCCCGCCCACCUCACCUUAGACCCGGUUCAGCUCAGUCCUUUACCUUGCUCCAAACUAAAGCGCGUUAAAGUAACCGUGAUAGUCCAGAGUCAUGAUUUUAAGAAACACACCCCUUCCAGUCUUCUUCAUGAGUUUGUGAAGGACAUGCUGAGGGGCGUUUACGUCCAUAGGGAGUAUGUAGUAAACAUGGAGGAUUUUAAUACGGACAUACAAUAUGUUAGAAUAGUUUGGGUCGGUCCAGAUCCUGCUGCUGCUGCUGGGGUCAUCACCUCUAAAACUGGUUUGGAGAUCAUCGAGGUUCAGACUAUGCAGCAUUACAAGAGUCUACUAAUGAAGGAGGUGGCACCUCCUUUAGGAGGACUGGAGGAGGUGACUGCAUCCCUGAGAGAGAUGCUGCAGCUGCCCCUGUUUUAUCCCAGCACCCUCACCUCCCUGGGUGUGUCCUGUCCCAGAGGGGUCCUCCUGGUGGGACCUCCAGGGGUUGGGAAGACUUUAUUGGUCCGCAGGGUGGUGAUGGAGGUGGGAGCCAGCCUGGUGGUGGUCAGAGGGCCGGAGGUUGUAGGGUCGCGGCCGGGUGAGAGCGAGGAGACCCUGCGGGCUGUGUUUGAGAACGCCCGCUCUGCAGCAGAAGAAGGUCCCUGUGUUUUAUUUUUGGAUGAGCUGGACUCUCUGUUCCCGAGGAGAAGCGGCUCGUCUUCAGCGGAGAACCGGCUGGUGGCUCAGCUUCUCACCUUGAUGGAUGGGAUGAGUCGCUCUGACCGCUUCCUGAUCAUUGGAGCCACCAACAGACCCAACAGCUUGGAUCCAGCACUGCGUAGGCCUGGGAGGUUUGACAGAGAGGUGAUCAUUGGUGCUCCGACGCUGCUGCAGAGAAAAGCCAUCCUGACUGUUCUGUGUGAGAGGAUGCCUGUGUGCCCCACCGUCAACAUGGCAGAGCUUGCACAGAUAACCACAGGAUAUGUUGGAGCAGAUCUGAGUGCUCUAUGCAGGGAAGCUGCCAUGCACGCUCUGAGAGAGAAUGUAAAGGGAUCAGGGCAGCAGUUGGUGGAGAUGAAACACUUCCAGGAAGGCCUGAAGGCGGUGGGCCCCUCCUGUCUGAGAGGUAGCCUGGGCAGGACGGAUCUCUCCCCGGUGCUCUGGGAGCAGAUCGGGGGCCUGGAGGAAGUCAAAACCAAACUAAGACAGAGCAUCGAAUGGCCCAUGAGACAUCCUGAGGCCUUUGUCCGUCUGGGGCUGCGUCGGCCCCGUGGCGUGCUUUUAUACGGACCUCCAGGAUGUGCAAAAACGACUCUCGUGAAAGCUGCUGCCACCUCGUCCCACUGUGCCUUCCUUUCUGUCAGCGGUGCCGACCUGUAUUCUCCGUACGUUGGAGACUCGGAGAAAGCAUUAGCUCAGCUGUUCCAGCAGGCCCGCGCCUGUGCUCCCUGCCUUCUGUUCCUCGACGAGAUCGACACACUGAUCGGCUCGCGUUCAGACGGCGGGGCCCCUAACGGCGUGCAGACACGGCUGCUGUCAGUGCUCCUGAACGAGAUGGACGGGAUCGGCCUGAAGACUGUGGAGAGGAGAGGAACAGAGAGGAUCCUCCAGACAGAGGGAGUGGAGCAGAGUCACGCAGACGAGGAGCUGGAGUGUCAGGAGGUUUGCAACAAGGAUGUGAUGGUUGUAGCUGCCACCAACAGACCCAACUGUUUAGACAGCGCCCUCCUCAGACCCGGCAGGCUGGACCAUGUCAUUUAUGUCCCACCCCCUGAUCUACAGGCUCGACUCGCCAUCCUAAAGGUUUGCACAAAGUCCAUGCCUGUGGAUUCAGACGUGCGUCUAGAGGAGCUGGCUGCAAGCACCGAGCUUUACUCUGGAGCCGACCUGGAAAACCUCUGUAAGGAGGCUGCUCUGCUGGCGCUGCUGGAGGAGAACAUGGAAGCUUCAUCCAUCCGACACACACAUUUCCUGCAGUCCAUCAGCAAAAUGAGUCCCUCUCUCACUGCUCAGCAGAUUAGUGCAUAUUUAUUAUCUCCACAAUGAUGUUAUCCUCUUGAGAGAUGUAUUUUUAUACAAAUAUUCAGCUGUAAAAUAAAUUUUAUAUUAUAAUCAAA